AUGGAACCACUGGUCGUUGAUGCGGGCUCCAAGCUCCUCAAAGCAGGAGCUGCAAUACCCGAUCAAGCCCCUGCAAUGAUAAUUCCAUCACAAAUGAAGCGCAUGCUUGAUGGGUCCUCAGCUGAUAAUCCCGUGUUCGAGGACGUUACUGUUAAUCCUAUUGAACGGGGCUUCAUUAAGGAUUGGGAUGCCAUGGAAGAUUUGCUCCGGUUUGUUGUAUACACUGGGAUCGGCUGGGAGGAGGGAAAUGAAGGUCAUAUACUAGUCACAGAUCCACUCUCUACUCCCAAGGCUAUUAGAGAACAAUUAGUGCAAUUGAUGUUUGAAACAUUCAAUGUCUCUGGAUUUUAUGCAUCAGAGCAAGCUGUAUUGUCCCUUUAUGCUGUUGGGCGGAUCUCGGGUUGCACUGUUGAUAUUGGUCAUGGCAAGAUAGAUAUCGCUCCAGUUCUUGAAGGUGCUGUUCAGCACAUUGCCUCAAAACGUUUUGAGCUUGGUGGAGCUGAUCUAACAAAACUAUUUGUUCAAGAGCUUGGGAAAUCCAACCCAUUGAUGAAUCUUAACAUGUCUGAUGUCGAAAAACUGAAGCAUCAGUAUGCAUGUUGUGCUGAGGAUGAAGUUUCAUACGAGAAAACUCAGAACUGUGCAAUGGAGCAGCAUACCCUUCCUGAUGGACAGGUGAUAACCGUUGGACGGGAGAGAUACACUGUUGGUGAAGCUCUAUUCCAGCCAUCAAUAUGGGGUCUAGAGGAGCAUGGAAUCGUUGAGGAGCUUGUCCACAUUAUCUCUACGGUGUCAUCUGAGAACCACCGGCAGCUGUUAGAGAAUACCGUACUUUGUGGUGGUACAACCUCCAUUGCGGGGUUUGAAGCUAGAUUUCAGAAAGAAUCAAACCUGUCUUCAUCUGCUAUCCGACCUUCCCUGGUUAAGCCACCCGAGUACAUGCCUGAGAAUUUGGCGAUGUGUUCAGCAUGGGUGGGAGGAGCAAUACUUGCCAAGGUUGUGUUCCCUCAGAACCAACAUGUAACAAAAGCAGACUACGACGAGACUGGGCCCUCUGUUGUUCACAGGAAAUGCUUCUGACGGUGUUUUAUGUCUGAGAUAUUCAGCAUCUGUUAUGUUGUUCUCCAUGAUAUGUGUUGCACCUAUGUUAAAUUAAAACACGGAAAUUGAAGGAAAGGGAUUCGUGGCUUUGCUAAAGUAAGUGCUGAGGCCUUAUUCCUGUUU